GGAAAAAAAAUUGUCAAUAAAUAUAUUGUGAUAAUGAGAUAAACCUCAUCCUUGUUCCCUGUCUCUCUGUCUCCUGUAAAACUCCUCUUUUUUCUUUCCAUUCUCUGCACAAAAUCAAGAGAUGAAAAUGGCGACAAUUUCAUCUCUAACAUCGUCAAUACCCACAACGUCAAAGUUGACUCUUUUAACAAACCCAUCAAAACCCACUUUCCAAAUCCUCAAGCCAAUAACCCCUUCAAAUAAUUUCCCCAAACUCACACAUUUGCAUAUAGUUUUGAAACACAAAGUCCCAAAAAGGUUCUUCGCAGUAGCAGAAGAAACAGCAUCGGUUGCUCCAGUUGACCCUUCUUCAGAGGCCGCCCGGAGGCUGUACAUUGGUAACAUUCCAAGGACUGUGAACAACGAGGUGCUUAAAAAGAUUGUUGAAGAACAUGGAGCUGUUGAAAAAGCUGAGGUUAUGUAUGAUAAGUACUCCGGUAGGAGCCGUCGAUUUGCAUUCGUUACAAUGAAAACUGUUGAAGAUGCAAAUGCUGCAAUCGAGAAACUGAAUGGCACAGAAAUUGGAGGACGCGGGAUUAAAGUGAACAUUACAGAGAAACCUUUGCCAUCUAUCGAUUUGUCUCUUCUUCAGGUUGAGGAAUCUCAAUUCAUUGACAGUCCUCAUAAAGUUUAUGUUGGAAAUCUUGCUAAAACAGUAACUACAGAAAUGCUCAAGAACUUCUUUUCUGAGAAGGGACAGGUUCUUAGUGCAAAAGUUUCUCGAGUUCCUGGGACCUCAAAAUCCAGUGGGUAUGGGUUUGUUACAUUCUCUUCGGAUGAGGACGUAGAAGCUGCCAUCUCAUCUUUUAACAAUUCUUUAUUGGAAGGCCAACAAAUUCGCGUAAACAAGGCCUAGUGUAGUUUAUAUCACCCUGGAUAUGGAGACUAGAGUACUUUGUGUCCAUCACAUUGAAAUUUAGGGCAGUCUUUUGCUAAUCAUUGCUUUAGUCAUGUACAUUUCUCUACUGGACGUUAUCAUAUUUUCUGUUUGUGUCAUAGUUUCGUAAUUGUCUUCGGUCAGAGUUCACUGCUUGAAAGCAAAUUUAUGCUUUAGAUAUUAGAGUUCGAGCUUGAGAACUGGCUCUUCUGUUUAUGAUGUUGCUUCAAAAUGGGGAUUACACAAUUCAAAGUCUAGCUAA